AUGGAGUCAUUGAUUCCUUUUAAGGAUGAAGGCAUCCAGAAGAUGUCUGAUAACAACUUCGAGCAGGCAAUAUUAAGCUUCAACAAUGUAAUCGAAAAAUUAGAUCCAAAGACAAAUGAAGAAGCUGUUUUAUACAUGGUUUGCUUAUUAAAUCGUUCUGCAUGCUAUAUUCAGCUUAACAAGUUCGAAGAAGGCGUUAACGAUGCUAAUGAAGUUAUCAAAUUGUACCAGCGUCUUCGACCAGAAGAAACACAAUUAAAGAUGGACCAGAAAGCAAUCGAGACUGAUCCACUUACAGUUCCUCUUUCCAAUGCCUAUGUAAGAAAGGGCCAAGCUGAUGAGUUACAAGGAAAGAUGCUUGAUGCACUUCAUAAUUACGCCGCGGCAUCAUCCCUUAAGAUGGACGGUGACGGUCAAAUCGGAAUGAAAAGUGUUUUACAGCGCCUCGGUGUCCCAGAAAUUAACCAGGCAGAUCCACAGCUUCAACAGUUCUCCAUGAUUCUUGUUCAUCUUCUCAGUGAUGUCAACAUUCUUAUCGCCCUCAACAACAUGCUCCAGUUCCUCCUCGAAGGCGAUGUCAAAGAAGAGCAAAUCGUUAAGUACAACGAUACUGGCUGCUGCCGCAUUCUCUACGCUGUCAUCCAGCUCUACAUGGAUAACGAAGUUAUUGUUACAACAGCAAUUACAACACUCCGCGUUCUCGCAGAGAAGGGAGCCCAAGAUCCAUUCAAUGGUUUCCUUGUUAUGCGUGUUGCUGCCGACCACUGGAAGGCCUCCAAGAACGUUGUCUCCGAUAUCAUCCGUUUCCUUGCUGGAGCUCCAAUAGAAUUAUUCCCUUACCUUGCAAGAGCUGAUUUCAUUCCAGUUUGCAUCGACGCACUCGACUUUGACCUCGAAAACUCCGACUUCGAUAAUAUCUUCUACGUUCUCUUCCACCUUUCAUUUGGCCAGGAGCAGCUUGUCCAAAUUGGUGCCGAAGGUGCUGUUGAAAAAGCACUCAGUAUCAAGACAAAGGCAUCAUUACUCUUCCUUUCAAAGGCUGCUUUGCUUGUCGAUAACAUGCGCGUUAUCGAACGCGAAGAAGGUUCAUCAUGGGCAUUAUCCGAAGCCGAAAAGAACCAAGAAGACAAGCACGUAGUUGCUGCCGCCGCUGUUAUACUCAGCCAGUUGUUUGUUUUGGCUUCUGUCGAUGAAACAGCUGUUCCAAAGGACGAACUCAAGCAAAAGGCCACAAAAGUCUACGAAUUAUUCUUCCCAUUAGCCACAAAGUACUCAAAGGAUUCAGACGUUAUUUCUCCAAUCUUUUCAGCACUCGCAGCUUGUGCCGAAUUCAAUAUCGAAUUUAUCAAAGAGAAGAGAGUCAUUCAGGCAGCUUCUGCCAUUCUUACAAUGCAUCUCGAUGAUGAACCAUGCGUCGUUAACAUCGUUUCAUUACUCUACAUGUGCUGCGUCAACGGAUUACUUGAAGAGAUCAAGACUGUUAGAUCCGCUGUUCCAACAGUUGUUUCUACACUCAAAGACCACGCCGAUAACUUGCAAUUGGUUGAAAGAGCUGUUGCUAUUAUCGUUGAAUGCGAUCAUCCAAGCAAGAAGAAACUAUUUGAAGCAGCUAUUAAGCAGCAACCAGAAUCACCAAUCCUUGCUAAGUACAAGAACCAGUUCCAGCAGUAA